AUGUACGGCGAUUUAGGCAAUAAGCUGGUGCAACAUGCUAAACGAACCCAAAACCUCGCGCAUUUGCCGGCGUAUCAAGCCGAGAUAGUACGCGCCGUUACGCGCGAGGUUAGAGACCUCGACAAAGAUGUUACGGAGCUCCUGGAGCCUUUCCAGGGCUCCUUUGACCCGACCGCCGACCAAGCGACAGCAUGCACAGUACUUGUCAACUACCUCUCCAUGCGGAGGAACAAGCGAUGCCUUCUAGCAUACCACCGAACCCGAACGGAUAAACUUGAAGAGCUGGCAUGGAAGGGAGUAGAUGUACUUGAUUUGGCCGGGCAACAAAUACGAGGCAAUGCAGGAUCAUCAACGGGGCCCAAAGGCACCUCCGACGUUCCUACGAGCAGUCUGAGUCCACAAGAAGAGGAGUAUGUGAGGCAAUACGGUGAUCUGUUGGCCGCCUUCAAAGGGCAAUGGACCGAUAUCGACUUGACGGGUAGCUUGGAGCCCCCACGAGACCUUUUCAUUGACGUGAGAGUCUUGAAGGAUGCAGGAGAGAUCCAGACCGAAUACGGCGCCAUCAACUUGACCAAGAACAGCCAGUUCUAUGUCAGACAGGGCGACGUGGAGCGGCUCAUAGCACAGGGUUAUCUCCAAAAACUCAGCUGA